AUGGAUGUCAGGACUGCUAAUCUAUCCUACCUAUGGUUCACAUAUGCUUUGCAGCAGGCCAACAACCCAAGUGAUCAACUGCCAGAUGACUGGUAUUGGCAGGUUCAGGUGGAAACACAUAUAUUGAAGCAGGCCCUGGCUACCUGCAACUCAUAUGGGACAAUCAUGAAGGUUCCAUAUGUUGCCAAUGAACUGCUUUGGUCAAAAGAGGAAAGGGACCCUACCCAUCUGGAUGGGUAUGAUCAUCAGUCAUUGGAGGAAGUUUUCCAGGAGGCCAAGGAAUUCUUUGUUGGGGUUGAGGAAGGAAAAGACAGUCUCCCACUGCUGUAUGACAUGGACCAGAUGCCAUCAGACAGCAUUUGCCAGUUGACUGAAAGCUGUGACAAGAUGAUCCAUCAGGAGGAGGAGAUUUGCCAGCUCCAUGGUGUGAUGGAAUUCUGCAGUGAACAGCUCACCCUUUUUGACAGGCUUGGACAAGUACAGGACCAGCUUGAGGACUUCUGA